AAUCCGAAACAAAAGUGAGUGACCGAGUGAGCAAAACGCCAUUUGCAGAUUUUCCCUGGUUUUUGAUUCAACCUCACUUUCAAAAUCUGCGAAAAAUCCCCAAACAACCUUCAUCAAUCUCCACCUCCACAAAUCUCACUCAAUGCCCACCUCCGACACCUUGGCCCUACAGUACACCGCAACCCCGCCAUACCCGCCGUAUAUCUUCGCCGGCGGCCUCUUUCUCGACCCCAUUAUCCCACCUUCCUUCCUCAAUUGCAUUUCAAAUUCACCUUCUCGAAAUUCCGCCGUUUCGAUUAAAUCGAAGCGAGCAGUUUCUUCGGUAUCGGUAUCAUUCAAGGGUGGUUUUUCAUCGAUUAGUUUGAAGGAUUGUACUGCUAUUACUACUACUACUAUCACUUCAAGUGUUAAUGGAGGAGAAGAAGAAGGGGAUUUGGGGAUUAAGAACGUGUUGUUGGACAAAGAGAAAGUUGUGCCUUCAGGACGCGGUGCUGCCGCCGUGAACUCUAGUAAACAUUUCUGGUCUGGCGCUGUUGCCGCCAUGGUCGCCAGAACUGUCGUUGCCCCACUCGAGAGACUGAAGCUAGAAUAUAUAGUUCGUGGUGAGCAGAAAAACAUCUCGGACCUCGUCAGGACAAUUGCUGUUACUCAGGGCGUGAGGGGCUUUUGGAAGGGGAACUUGCUUAAUAUUCUACGCACAGCUCCAUUUAAGGCAAUCAAUUUUUGUGCUUAUGAUACUUAUAGAAAGCAACUACACAAAUUACAUCUCAUGGACGGAACGGCAAAUUUGGAAAGGUUCAUUGCUGGAGCUGCUGCUGGAAUCACUGCUUCUGUUCUCUGUUUGCCUUUAGACACAAUUCGAACCAGAAUAGUUGCACGUGGUGGGGAAAGUUUGGGUGGUGUUGUUGGUGCUUUCCGCUAUAUGAUCCACACAGAAGGAUUCUUUUCCCUUUACAAAGGCUUGCUUCCCUCCAUUCUUAGUAUUGCACCUUCAAGUGCAGUUUUCUAUGGGGUGUAUGAUAUACUUAAAACAGCUUAUCUGAAUUCCCCUGAAGGAAAGGAAAGGAUACAGAAAACGAAGCUUCAAGGGAAGGAUAUAACAGCCUUUGGUCAACUGGAACUGGGACCUCUAAGAACGUUACUAUAUGGGGCAAUUUCUGGUGCUUGUGCCGAAACUGCUACCUAUCCAUUUGAAGUGGUUAGGAGACAGCUUCAAAUGCAAGUUCAUGGAGCAAGAUUGAGUACUCCAGCAACUUUUAUUAAAAUAGUCGAGCAAGGAGGGAUUCCGGCUCUAUAUGCUGGACUGCUUCCCAGCGUACUUCAGGUACUCCCAUCAGCGGCAAUAAGUUACUUUGUAUAUGAGUUCAUGAAGAUAGUUCUCAAAGCUGAAUGAAAAGGUAGAUGAAGCUGCAUUUGAAGUCUGUUGGUGCUGGAGCCAUGAGCGAGCAUGUCAUGUAUAGAGAUUGGUAAAGCCACUCCAUUUUGACAGCUUCUAGGAAAAUUUUCUCUACAAAUAGUGUUCAGUCAUCUUUCAGGGAAUUAUUUAGGGUUAUGCCAUACUAUUUUGAAACUGGUGCUCCUUUCUUAUCAAAUAUGGCCAUAGCUACUGUUGACUGGAGAGGUCGGUGAAGUGCUGAGUUGAGCAAGAUACCUGAACUGCUUGUAGAUGAAUUUUUUAGGUUCAGAACCUCGAUUUGGAUAGGAAGAAAGGGAUUUUUACUUCAUUCUUGACCUGUAUGUGGGUAAAAAGAACAUGUUGCUCUAAUGCUGUUAUAGACAUAUUGGUCAUAUUACUAUUCUUUUUAGCUUAGUGGAAAACUUUGCUGUCUUUUGUAAAACACUAAAUUUGUGACAGCUAAAAGCAUAAUCAAGAAUUGAGCCUUUCCUUCUCCA